AAAAAAAAAAAAAAAAAAAAGGGAAAAAAAUAACCAAAAAAAAAGAAAAAAAAAGCAACUUGCUCAACUCGCUCCAUGCGGCGGCGGGGCCGGUGCUGAGCCCCCGGGGCCGCGGAGCCAUGGCCAUGGUGGCCGGCGGCUGGGGCGAGCCCAACGGCGGCGGCGGCGGCGGCGGCGGGGAGGAGGCGGCGUCCCCGGCGGGCGGCGGCAGCGACGCGGAGCACGGCGAGGAGGAGCGGGCCGGGGCGCCCGUGGACUGCGUGGUGUGCGGGGACAAGUCGAGCGGCAAGCACUACGGCGUCUUCACCUGCGAGGGCUGCAAGAGCUUCUUCAAGCGCAGCAUCCGCAGGAACCUCAGCUACACCUGCAGGUCCAACCGCGACUGCCAGAUCGACCAGCACCACCGCAACCAAUGCCAGUACUGCCGCCUGAAGAAGUGCUUCCGCGUGGGGAUGAGGAAGGAAGCCGUGCAGCGGGGCCGGAUCCCCCCCACGCACUCCAGCACCAGCCCCAACACCAUGCCCAGCGGGGAAUACUUCAACGGGCAGCCGGUGUCCGAGCUCAUCUCGCAGCUGCUGCGGGCUGAGCCCUACCCGGCCGCCCGCUACGGCUCGCAGUACGCGCAGCAGGGCAGCGUGAUGGGCAUCGACAACAUCUGCGAGCUGGCCGCCCGCCUCCUCUUCAGCACGGUGGAGUGGGCUCGCAACAUCCCCUUCUUCCCCGAGCUGCCCGUCUCGGACCAGGUGGCCCUGCUGCGGCUCAGCUGGAGCGAGCUCUUCGUGCUCAACGCGGCGCAGUCGGCGCUGCCGCUGCACAUGGCCCCGCUGCUGGCCGCCGCCGGUUUCCACGCCUCCCCCAUGUCCGCCGACCGCGUCGUCUCCUUCAUGGACCAGAUCCGCAUCUUCCAGGACCAGGUGGAGAAGCUCAACCGGCUGCAGGUGGACUCGGCCGAGUACAGCUGCCUCAAAGCCAUCGCGCUCUUCACGCCGGAUGCCUGCGGCCUCUCGGACCCGGCGCACGUGGAGAGCCUGCAAGAGAAGGCUCAGGUGGCCCUGACGGAGUACGUGCGCUCGCAGUACCCCUCGCAGCCCCAGCGCUUCGGCCGCCUCCUGCUGCGGCUGCCGGCGCUGCGAGCCGUGCCGGCCUCCCUCAUCUCGCAGCUCUUCUUCAUGAGGCUGGUGGGGAAGACGCCCAUCGAAACACUAAUCAGGGACAUGCUGCUGUCCGGGAGCACCUUCAACUGGCCCUACGGGACGGGGCAGUAGGGGACAAAAAAAAAAAAAAAGACAGGGAUGCUCCCGAUGGGGGACGCCCCGGACACCCCCUGAGAUGCCAAACCCCAUUUCUCUCCGGAGACGCAGCCGGUGCCGUCCCUGGGGGUCCUGAACUGCUGGAGCCCCCCCUCCCCCUGUGACUCGUCCUCCUGGGGGUUGCUCCCCCCAGGGUGAGCCCCGAAAGCCACUGGGUUGUGCUCGGGGACCCCAAUGGUACCGCUCCUUGCGGCAGGCGGACGCCGGACUUUUCCUCCAAAAAAAGCAAAGCAGAAUUUGGCCGCCUGAGGGGCAGGGAGGACCCCGGGCAGCCCCAGGGCUCAGUCCUGGCUCUGUAGGGCAGGAUCCAGGCCCGGGGAAGGAGCCGCCAGCCUCUUGCUGCCCAGUCCCGAGCUGGAUCGGGGGCGUCGGGGUGGAGGCGAUGGAGCUGGAAGCAGCCUUGGAGCAGGGGGGGCUGCGCAGAGGGGUCCUGGCAUGUGCCCCCCUCCCCCCAAAAUCCUGCCCGUCGUGGGUAGGGGCUCGUUCCAAGCCCCUUUGCACCCUCCCAGGACAGAUCUGGCCUCGAGGACUGAAGCGCCGACCUCGGAGCAGCCCUUUUGGGGCCAGGCUCCCCCCCCCCUCCAGCCCCGCAUUUUCCACUGAAGCAUCUCCAACACCGGGGUGCAGGGUGGGCGACAUGGGGGGGGCUGGAGAGGGGGGGUCCAGCGCCAUGCACGAUGUGGGUGCAAUUACAGGUGUCCUUCUUGGGUGCUCUGCACCCAACCCAGCCCCUUCCUCACCCCCCCCCCGGGUCACUCCAGCGCCUUCCCUUCCCUGCUGCUGCUUGCUUGCUUGGUGCUUUGCCUCAACCCCCCCCAAUGGAUUUAGGGUUGGGGGGGGGGACACAGAUGGAUGUGGGCAUCCCCCCUCCCAUGCUCGCUCUAUUCCCGUGCCUCAUUUUUAAGCCAGGACCAGGUGAGAAAAGGGGUUGGGGGGGAGAACCAAAAAUCAGUCUGGAAAGCGGUGGCACUGGGCACUAGGGGGGGGGACACACACAAAAUGGGGCCGGGGGGGAUGUCCCCGUCCCCCGCCCAGGUCCUCGCAGCGAGGCUCUGCUUCUCAGGGGUACGUGCUGUGCAGAGGGAGGCAGGAUUUUAGGCGGGGGGGGGGCGUUGUCAUUUAGGUUGAUUUCACUGAAAAAUAUAAUCCUUGUUCAAUGAUACUACACAAAUUAACGGAAGUCAAUAAAGAUGUUUCUUACAA